GUGUGUGUCAUGAGCUACAGUGGAUAUGACAUUGAGGACGCUCAGGUGUACAACCGCUGCUCACUUGAUCGUGGUUAUGGUCGAUGCGUCGUUCUUCGGAAGCACGAGGUGGAUUUGGAACGGCUUCCAAAUGGGGAGUACGAAAUCAUUCUUCCCCCUGAUUCCAAUGCUGGCAAAUGCAAGGCGCUUAACAGUGAUGGCAUUGCCAGCAAAGGGGCUAUUGUGCGCCAAUUUGACAUUCUAGUUAACAAGUAUACACCGGUGGCAUCCUUGGAGCCCCGACCCAAUCCUCUUGUGUACAAGUACCCCCAGCCCGCCGUCGUGGACCACGUGGUUAUUUUGCCUCCCGGUGACUCCGAACGCUCGAUGGAUGUGGAGCAGAAAAUUAAGGUUAUCACAAGGGAGGUUCGUGUACCGGAGCCGGGCGAUAAAUUUUCGUCACGGCACGGCCAGAAGGGUGUUGUUGGUCUUAUCACAGAUGGAGUCAACAUGCCCUUCAAUGAAAAGGGCAUAAGCCCCGAUAUGAUCAUGAACCCCCAUGGGUUCCCGAGUCGAAUGACAGUCGGUAAGCUACUGGAGUUGGUUAGUUCAAAGGUUAGCGCUCUUACGGGUACAUUUGGAGAUGGUACGGCGUUUGGCGGAGACAAUGCGGAGGAUUUGGGCAUGCACCUGCUACGAAACGGCUUUAACUACCAUGGGAAGGAUGUAUUUUACUCCGGCAUUACGGGUGAGAUCAUGCAGGCUUAUGUGUUUUUUGGCCCUAUUUACUACCAACGUCUCAAACACAUGGUCACAGAUAAGAUGCACGCUCGUGCCACCGGUCCACGUUCAAUGUUGACUAGACAACCGACGGAGGGUAGAUCUCGCAGUGGUGGUCUUCGCGUGGGCGAAAUGGAACGGGAUUGCAUGGUUGGUUAUGGUGCUUCAAAUCUAUUGAACGAACGACUACUUCUUAGCUCCGAUCUUUUUACCGUGGAUACAUGCCGCUCGUGUGGAUUUCUGGGGUACUGUGGUUACUGUCCGUACUGUAAUACAAAGAACACAGUGUCACAUGUAAACGUUCCCUAUGCGUUCAAGCUGCUUCUACAGGAGCUUCAAGGCAUGGGCAUAAGCACAAGACUUUCAUUAGAUUUUAUUGGCCAGCAUUAA